AUGGGCAGCACCCACCCUUGCCCCUGGCUGCGGCUCCGACCUCGGCCCCAGCCGCGGCCCGCGCUCUGCGCGCUCCUGUUCUUCCUACUGCUGCUGGCUGCCGCCGUGCCCAGGUCUGCACCCAACGACAUUCUGGGCCUCCGCCUCCCCCCGGAGCCCGUGCUCAAUGCCAACACAGUGUGCCUGACAUUGCCGGGCCUGAGCAGGAGGCAGAUGGAAGUGUGUGUGCGCCACCCUGACGUGGCUGCCUCCGCCAUCCAGGGCAUCCAGAUCGCCAUCCAUGAGUGCCAGCACCAGUUCCGGGACCAGCGCUGGAACUGCUCCAGUCUGGAGACUCGCAACAAGAUCCCCUACGAGAGUCCCAUCUUCAGCAGAGGUUUUCGAGAGAGCGCUUUCGCCUACGCCAUCGCCGCCGCCGGGGUUGUGCACGCGGUGUCCAAUGCUUGCGCCCUGGGCAAACUGAGGGCGUGCGGUUGCGACGCCUCCCGGCGCGGGGACGAGGAAGCCUUCCGCAGGAAGCUGCACCGCCUGCAGCUGGACGCGCUGCAGCGCGGUAAGGGCCUGAGCCACGGGGUCCCGGAACACCCAGCCCUGCCCCCUGCCAGCCCGGGCCUGCAGGACUCCUGGGAGUGGGGCGGCUGUAGCCCCGACGUGGGCUUCGGGGAGCGCUUCUCUAAGGACUUUCUGGACUCCCGGGAGCCUCACAGAGACAUCCACGCGCGCAUGAGGCUCCACAACAACCGAGUUGGGCGGCAGGCGGUGAUGGAGAACAUGCGGCGGAAGUGCAAGUGCCACGGCACGUCAGGCAGCUGCCAGCUCAAGACGUGCUGGCAGGUGACGCCGGAGUUCCGCGCCGUGGGGGCGCUGCUGCGCAGCCGCUUCCACCGCGCCACGCUCAUCCGGCCGCACAACCGCAACGGCGGCCAGCUGGAGCCCGGCCCCGCGGGGGCCCCCUCGCCCGCCCCGGGCGUGCCGGGGCCGCGGCGCCGCGCCAGCCCCGCUGACCUGGUCUACUUCGAGAAGUCGCCCGACUUCUGCGAGCGCGAGCCGCGCCUGGACUCGGCGGGCACCGUGGGCCGCCUGUGCAACAAGAGCAGCGCGGGCCCCGAUGGCUGCGGCAGCAUGUGCUGCGGCCGCGGCCACAACAUCCUGCGGCAGACGCGCAGCGAGCGCUGCCACUGCCGCUUCCACUGGUGCUGCUUCGUCGUCUGCGAGGAGUGCCGCAUCACCGAGUGGGUCAGCGUCUGCAAGUGA